UCGUCGAGAGCGAACGCGUCGCGGUCGUAAUAAAUAUACGAUAAGUGAAACUUUGUGAUGAAAGUGCAGUGUUAAGUGUGUGUGGAUUUUGUGUUCGUGCCAAUUGCGUGGAUUGAAUUUACUGAACUAUAGUCAUCGGGAAAUAAUUUAACACAGCGGCAUCAAAUUAGUUUGGAAAAUUCCGAACGUGAACCCGAGCUUCAGGGAAAAUUGGAAUAUGCAGUAGGCUGAUGGUAAUAGCAGGGUGGUAUUAAGUGGAUGACAGAUGGUGUGCGGAGGUGACGAGGUCAACACUGAUGCGGGAGAGCGACCCUGGCGACCGGCAGGUCAAUGACAUCGUCGGCGAUUAGCGUGCUGUUAGUGGCACUUGCAUGUUCCGCCUUCCACGAAACAGAAGAAAUUAAUUUUAUAGAAGAUAUUAUUAAUCGAAACAAUAAAAUGGAAAUAUCGAGGACCAAUGUACAUAAUCAUUAUUUAUACAAUUAUAACCAAGAUAUAUUUUCACUAAGCAACGUUCCCAAGAGACGCGUGAAGAGGGAGGAACAGGAUCCGAGAUGUGAGAAGUUCUUGUUCGAUAGUAAGGACCAGAAAUAUAUAUCUCACCCAUAUGGUACAGAGAGUAAGAAUAAUUAUUACUACAGCGGUCUGGACUGUGUCACUGUUAUAAGUGGUGCUGAAGGAACAGUUGUAGAGCUAACCUUUAUUGAUAUGUUUCAUGUUGAGUACCAUCCCGAAUGUAAAUACGACUAUUUAGAGAUUCGCGACGGCCUAAGAGGGUACGCGAAACUUUUGGACAAAGUGUGUGGCGAGGCUUUCCCACGUCAAAUACGGUCGACUGGGCCCAAUGUGUGGCUCAAAUUCCACUCCGAUGACACUAUUGAGUACGAGGGAUUCCGAAUUAGCAUUAAUUUUAUACAAAUGAGUACAAGUGUUAGUAUACCUGAUACGUGUUAUCAGACAUUUGAAAAUGAAAGGAGUGGAAUUAUAGAUACAAAGAAAAUUGACCAAGACUGCAUACUUAGAAGUGCAAACCAAGCGUUGGAUUUUCUAUGGACAAUAAUAACUCCCGAAGACACUAAGAUAUAUUUAAAUUUUACGGAUUAUCAUCUAACCAAACCUAACGAUUGUGAAGAUAACGUCGUUCAAGUGUUUGGAAGUGUCUUGGAAUAUGAGGCAAGGUUAGCUCAUUACUGUGGGUCUGUUGCGAAUCCAGUUACCACAAAGGGUGCGGAAGGCAGUAAGUCCGGGGUCGACGAUAAUGGCAACAUUAUGUACAUUCGUCUGUAUGUAUCCAAGGCCGGCAGGGGUUCACUUUUCAACGCUACGUACACGGCGUAUAGAAGUUUAGACCCAAAUAAAGAUGAGAAAUGCAACAUAGAAACGGAAUAUGACUGUGAAGACAACACGUGCAUUGAUAUCAACCUGAAAUGCGACGGAAUAGCACACUGCAGGCUAAAAGGUGACGAGGAAAAUGAUGAUUGUAAGGGAGAAAAAGUGUCAACAAUAAAACAGACUCAUAUCCUUGUGAUACUCAUCAUAUUUUCACUGAUCCUGUCCGGGAUGAGCUUCGUAUUCCUCUUCAAGUGCAUCAGGAAACUGUACCAGGACCACAAAAUUAUCAAAGAACAUAUAAGGCAGUCAUGUGAAGACAGGCUCGAUACACUUGUUAGUAGCAGACUCACGUUGGAUGCCAAACGUCUGCAGAGAGACAGCGAGCCAAGAGCCAGUCUUGAGCGGGAGAAUCACACCAAUGAGAUGUUCAAACAACAGAGGAAAUUCUCGCAGCAGAAGAUACGGCCUAUCAGCAUUGACUCCGACUACAUACAAGAGACUCGUUUAGAAGACGAGGAACCGUGGCGGCGAGAAGUAGAAGCCGUUCACGAUGUUGAAGAUGUGAAGAUCGAAAGGAACGGAAAGAGGCGGAGCGAAGUCAGUAGAAGAGAAGAGUCAAUAAGAAGUAAGAAGAGAGAGGAAAAGAAGGAGAUACGAGACGUAUCAGUUGGUGCACCUGAUACGAAAGAGUCGGGUUGUCAGACCAGGGAGAGCUUGUUCCAGACUGAGGUUGCACCAAGUUCCGAUGGUUCCGGUACCAACAGCAGAGGGUUUUCCACGUUCGGGUACUCCGGUGCAACGAUAGCUCGGCCUUCGCCACCUGUUACCAACAACACCUCGCAGAUCACCAUUGAGCUGCUAAAACAGAAUGCUCCUCAAGAAAGUAAAACACUAAAGAAGAUUCCAAGUCGACCAAUGAGUACAGAGACCACGCGCUCAGCGCCUGACGUCAUCAUCGUCUCCAAACCGAUUCGCUGAGAAUGACCUUCGGGGCCCUGCGGGGCCUCGACACCAACCUACUUCCCCCGGGAGCCCCGAACGUGCCCCGAGGGCUCACACCAACCUUACCUCGACUACACACACGCCGACAUCUGUGAUGGCUACUACAGCCAAUACUUUGACGAAGGACCAAAGUUUUACGAAUACUGCCUCAAGAGUGACUUGAAAGCGAAGACUUUGCCCAGAAACUUCUCUUCCGUUGAUAAACGCAAAAGUGUUUGUUUUUACGGCGUGGACAAUAAGCCGUGUCAAAAAACUUUUGUUGUGAAGGCAGAUAUUGAACCGCAUAGAUAGCAAAUUAAGUAACAUUUUGUAUUUAUUAAGAGAAUUUAUAAAUAUAGUUAUAUACCUAGUACUAAUAAUAUAUGUAUAUUUAUACAUUCAACCUCGUUACGUCUCGGUUAGAUGAAAAAUAGGGAUAAAAAAAGUCGUAGGCUACUUUUUACUCGUUGCGGGAGAAGUCAACGUUCAAAGAAUAUCUAAAAACCCAUUACCACUAAUACUGUUACCUAAAAAUAUAUUAAACUUAGACAAUUUAUAUAUAUCGACUGUGACAUCUGUGAAAACCAUGGAAAAAAAUGAGAAAGACAGUUAACCUCCAUUUUACACGCACGCACACAAUCACAAAGUGACAUAUAAAUCGCGAGUGUAAGACGUAGCUUGUCACGCACACUGAAGUAAUAAACCUGGCCUGUUUUACACCGUUUAUGUAUCAGAAAGUCGCUCUAUCUAGAGCUAAUCUAAGAUAUAAAUAUAUAUAUAUAUAAGGCUUAUGUUUAACAUCUAGUAAAAGGUGACGUCAUAAUUAUAUUUAAUGUUGCUGAAAUUAAAAAAAAUAUCGCAUCUAGCAAAAUCCACGAGAAUUUAAACACAUUUUAAUUUAAAACAUCAUAUUAAAAGUAACUGACUUUAUAAGCAUCACUACUUAAUAUAAAACAGAGUCCUAAGCUGCGUCUGUCUAUCUGUCUGUUCGCGAUAAACCCAAAAACUACUACACAAAUUUUUAAGCUAUGGAUGGAUGGGUGGCGUGGUUCUCGAGGAAGGUUUUAAGUAUAAUAUAAUUUGUUAAUUAGUUAUAAUUUACAUAUUAUUAGCACAAAUUAACAAUAUUUGUUGGAGGUUUCAGAAAAAAUAAGCCGUCUGGGAGCUUUUAACGAAAAUGCUGUCCUUUUGAGAUAUAAUAAAAUAAUGUAUUGUGGCUAACUGUUUCAGAAUCUUUAAUAGAGCAUUCAUAUUAUGUGUGUAGAUAAAGUAUUGUAUGCAACUGCUGAUGAUUAGGUAUUGAAACACUCAUGUGAUACUAUUACCUAUUUAAGCCCACAUUCGUGUUUUAAUACCCCAUAUUACACAACAGCAUGCAUAAACAAUUAUAAAAAAAGCAAAUUUUACCAAAGCGGUAAUGUAAAAGCUGUUUACAAGAAUACGAUAUUAAUCCUCAUCAUUUUAAAUUACUUAGAUGUUUUACUCUUUUACAAUUUUCAUUGCUUGAUGCGAUAGGACCCUCCCCCCACACCGUCGAAGGCUAUGAUCAUUCAGAAACACGUGUUCGUUUCAUUUUAACUAAUUAUGAAUACACAUUUCCGAUGACUUUAGACUACAUCAUUCCCCAAUACUUACAUAUUUUUUUCUAUUGACAGAACAGCGUCCGUAGGGACAACUAGUUAUUUGAUACUUCUUAUUAUUAUUUUUACCUGAUUGUUAUGCUCACUCAUGAAGUUCUACUAAGAAAAGGCUUGUAUAAACUCGCGUAUUUAUUAACUCACUCGCAAUAUUUUUUUUGCGCCCAGACAAAGGGAAAGGUCUACCCUCUGGGAUAACGACGGGAGGGAGGUGGUGAAUGCUCAUGCAUACCAAUGCAGCCUAAGUCUGCGUUGGUUAAAAAGGACUCACGUAAGACCUAAGUGCCUAAACCCACUACACACUACCUGAGGUUUACUUUGCUUUGGGCAAGUGUCCUCUAAGCCUUCCUUUAAGGCCACCUUGGCACCUUCUCUUGGGGAGAAAGAGGCGCAAGCGGCACUCCUAAUAGGGUAUCUGCUGGAUAAAAUCUGUAUAUUUUUUUUUGCGCCCAAACAAGGGAAAGGGCUACCCUCCGGAAUAACGACGGGAGGGAGGUGGUGAAUGAUCAUGCAUACCAACGCAGCCUAAGUCUGCGUUGGUUGUGAGGGACUCACGGGAUAACCUAGGUCCCACUUGGACCCACUAAACACCACCUGCGGUUUGCUUUGGGGCUUGGGCAGGUGCCCUCUAAGCCUUCAUCGAAGGCGACCUUCUCUUGGGGAGAGAGAGGCGCAAGCGGCACUCCCUAUGGAGUAUCCGCUGAGAAUGGAGUAUCCGCUGAGAGUAUAUAAAUAUUAUAUCAUGUAUUAUUUAUAGAAAUAACUGUCAAUUAUCAAUACUGCGUUUUUAAGUUUGCUGUGCUGCCACCUAUUAAAAAUAACAAAAACUAACUCUACACGGUGUAAACAAUAACUUACUAACGGAACAUCAAUUUGCUCGCUAAGAUUUGGUGCAGUUAUGAAUGUUCUAGCUAGAAAUGCUUGUAUAUUAAAAUUAUCUUUAUAUGUGCACGUUUUUUUAUUUUUGUGUUUUGAUACGAGAUAUUCUGUAGAUGAUCCUUUUUAAUUUUCAUUAUUGUUAUUUUCCUUUGUAAAAUUUUGAUUUUGGCGGUGAUCUUGAAUCUGUAGGCUAUGUGUGUUUUUACAACAUUGAGUCUCUCUAAUAAGACAGAUAAAAAAACUAUUUAACUUAGAUUAAAGACUAGUCUCCGCUGCGCUCCAACUAGAUACCGCAAGCGUAGUCGCAAAGUACGGCAACUAUUACUACGUCCAAGGUGGGCGUACUUGACCCAGUCUCGAACAAUGUGUGACGUUGACGUGCCACAUGUUCUGUUAAACUUUGCUAAUAAUUGAAACUAAAAUUCCGGGUUGCGUAGUAAAACUUUGUAAAAAUAAUACUACAAGAAAUAAGAAAGACACUGACACACAUAUCAUAAGUAAGUAUUUUGUAUUUUAUUAAUUUCAAUCUAUAAUAACACGAAGCGCUUGUUACAAAAUUUUAAAGAUUCCAUUGAGUUUCAAAAUGCCACGCACACAAGCAUCUAAUAGUUCCCGUAAUAUUUAUAUAUUAGGUAGUGCGGUAUCUAGUUGGAGCGCAGUGGACAUCAAUUCUUAAUCUAAGCUAUUUAACUAUAUAAGUAGGAAUGUUACUCUUUAUAAAUCAAAAACGGAUUGACCAAUAAUGAAAAUGAGCACAUAAUACAAUUUUUUUUUAUGAAAAUAUGGGACAAGACGAGCAGGACGUUCAGCUGAUGGUAAUUGAUACACCCUGCCCAUUACAAUGCAAUGCCGCUCAGGAUUCUUGAAAAACCCCAAAAAUUCUGAAUGGCACUACAAUUGCGCUCGUCAUGUUGAGACAUAAGAUGUUAAGUCUUAUUUGCCCAGUAAUUUCACUAGCUACGGCGCCCUUCAGACCGAAACACAGUAAUGCUUACACAUUACUGCUUCACGGCAGAAAUAGGCACCGUUGUGGUACCCAUAAUCUAGCCGGCAUCCUGUGCAAAGGAGCCUCCCACUGGUAAAUAUAUAUAACGAUUGAACAUAUAAAUGUUCAUAUGAUAGGCUGUAUUAUCUUAUUGGUAGUUUUUUUAUUGUAAAUUUAUAAUAACCAAUUUUAGUUGAGCUAAAAUCGAAAGACUAAAUAUUUUGUAUAAAGUUCAGCUUUGGCUGGACAGGUAUCAUAUCUGCAAUGCAGAGCCUAAUCUGGAUUAUAACAUAAGAUAUUUUUGACUUAUACCUGAUGUCAUUGAAAUCCAUGCAAAUUUGCAGUCAUACCAUUAUAAGCUCUGAUAUAUUGAAGUGUUGUGCAGCAGCUUUUAAUCUAUAAAGAAAAUAGGGCAGGUGUUUAGCCCUUGUUCACACGAGAGUUUAAAAAACGCGGCGUUAAAUCGGCUUUUAAAAUGGGCUGACACGUCUGUUCAUAAGAACAAUUGAUUUUAUUUCGAAGCCCGCUGUAAUAAACUGUGAAAUAAACUCAUUGGCUUGUAUUAAAAAAAGCAAACAAAAAAACAAAAGUUAUUGUGGGUGAGUCCCCUGAAUGAUUAUUAAAAUAUUAAUAAAAUAGGACUAGAAUUUGUGAACUAUUUUCGAAUGUCUAAGUAUGAUGGGUUUAUCAGGUCGGGGGUUUGUCUUUUUAUAUGGGUAGAUUUUGUAGUAGAUUUUAAUGUUCAAUGAAUGAAUGCCUGAACGAGAUCCCUUAAUUGUGCUACCAUAAUUAUUUAUUUAUUUAUCAAAGAUACAAUGUAACAUUACAGAUUAAAUCUAAAGCGUUACAAAGAUAUUAUACUAAAGGAAAAACAAACAAUGAAAAUUAUAAACUAGUUUUGUUAUUUUAUAGAGCUUACAGGCAUCAAACUCUCAAAUCUUUUCUUACAUUCUUUGUCCAAAAUUUCCAUCGAGCUGGCAAAUAGAUCACAAUGUGGUGCUACCUCAAGUACAGAGUUUAGAAUACAGAUGGCUCGUAUUACAGGCGUGAUGGUGAUGCAAUAUGUAUGGUAACAAUGUACAAAUUGUUACAUUUUUAAUAGUGCAUUUAAAAUUUACCACCAAGCGGUUAAAAAAAAACGAAACGUUUUAAAAGCGCCUAUGUGUGAAGAGCCAUUUGAGUGAUAUGUAUUUUGAUUUAAAGAGUUUACUAUUAUAAAAAGUUGAACGGUUGACUUUCACCUCGGAGCCUCCGGUUUGAUCCUCGUCCGCCACGUACUAAUACCAUGUAAUAAUAUUGACACACUUUUUACACAAUUUAUCUUGCCCCAAGUUAAGCAUAUAUAGCCUGUGUUAUGGGUUACAAGUCAAUGAUAUAUUUAAUACAAUAUACUUACUUAAACAUACAUAAAUUCAUAUAUACAUACAUAAAUACAUUUAUACAUCCAUGACUCGAAAACAAACAUCCAUAUUCAUCAUAUAAAUGCUUGCACCUACUGGGAUUCGAACCCUCUAGCUUAGUAGGUAGGAUCGCUAACCACUCGGCUAUACAGGUCGUCAAAAUGUGUUUUCGGUUUUCGAAUCCAUAAUGUGUACAUUUAUUCAACACUUUAAAAGGUCAGCAACGCUCUUGUCAUUCCUUUGGUCUUACAAGAGAGUAAAUUGGUGAUCAUUUACAACCAGGUGGCUCGUAGGCUCAUUUGUCCUCCUCUUCCAUGAAAAAAUUCACUGACUCUGAAAAAGCUCUCCUACAAAUGAGGCUUCUCAUACACGUUGGUGUUGAAAUUUGUUUCCAGUGAAAUAUAUACGGCAUUGAAUAAGCGUUACCAGAUGAACAAUAUUAAAACAACUCAUAAAAUGUAAUAAUUAAACACACGCUUAGUUUUAAUAUCUAUCCAUACAAAGCAUCACUUCUCAGAAUUAUUAGAGUUCCCGGGUUCGAAUCCCGGUAGGUGCAAGCAUUUAUAUGAUGCAUAUGGAUGUUUGUUUCCGAGUCAUGGAUGUUUAAAUGUAUUUAUGUAUGUUUGAGUAAGUAUAUUGUAUUAAAUAUAUCAUUGUCUUGUAACCCAUAACACAGGCUAUAUAUGCUUAACUUGGGGCAAGCAAUUUGUGUAAAAAGUGUGUCAAUAUAUAAUUAUAUAUAUUAUUAUAUGAGAGAUUUAACAACUAGCGUUGUAAGUUUUACAUUAUUAAAAGUAAAAAGUUACUCUGAGGUAAUUUUUUUUAGCGAAAAAAAUUACGCACUAUUAAAAGUAUAAAUUCAAAAAAAAAUUUAUAUUUCACGACAUCAGCGCCACCUACAGCUCAAAUAAGACUACAUACCGUGCAGUUAUCUUACUUAUGAAUUACUUAUGAAAAUGAAUAUUAUAUGAAUGAUGGAGGCCAAUGCGUGAUACUCGUGAACGGGCGCUACUUGCGAUGGAUGAUCCUGUUACCAGAAACUCUGCUUCAUGUUUUUAACAUUAAAUUUAUUAUAUUUUCUGUAAUCGCUGUACUCAAUAAUUGUAGUUUUUACGUAAUAAUAUACAUUUACUGUUUUUUGGGUAUGUCAUUGAGUAUUUUUGUUGCAUCCCUUUACAUAUAUUAUAAUUCAAAUGAUUUGUAAAACGAUGAAGCUGUAGAUGUUGAUUUAAAAGAGUGGAAAUGAGUUUCCUGCCACUUCUUCUCAUUAAGGCUCAACUUUUUCCGAAGUGGUGGAAAAUGUAAAAAGAAAAUAAAACUUUUGACAUUCAUAACUGUGACAACUUUAAAUCAUAAAUCCUUUAUUUUGCCAGAAAUCAUGUAACAUGGGUGUAAAUACUUUUAAGGUAUAUCAAUGUAGUUAGCCAUUUCUGUCAUGCAAAAUUUUUAUUAAGUAUAAAUUCAUUUUUCAUUUUCUUACUAAAUUCUAGUUAUUAUUAUAAUUUAUUUAACAUUAAUAAACUCUAUAUAUAUAAUAUUAUUCUUGACAAAAAAAAUUUUUGAAGUAGGCGUUACUUUACGGAAAUCCAUAAUAAUUAUCCAAAUGAUUUGAGUUUUCUUUAGUGUUAAUUCCGCCAAUAUUUGUCUUUAAACAAUUCCACACGUGUUUACCCUCUACACGAGGCAUCCUCAGGACAUGUUGACUUGCCAAAAUCUGGCACGAGACCUUGCCGAUAUUGUUAUUCAUAAAUAUUGGCGGAAUCAAUACUAAAGAAAACUCAAAUCAUUUGGAUUAUUAUUUUUGACCUAAAUCAAUAAAGUAAUUUUGAUUUGAUUACUAAAAGCGUUUCUAAUUUCCUUUAUGUUACAAUUGUAAUUAUAAAUUGGUUCAAUGGAAGUUAAUUAUAAACUUUACACAUAACAUGAAUGUCGUAGUUAGCACUUAAUAUACAACUGUAUCCGAACAAAAGCGAUAUUACAAUCAAGUAACACACAAACAUAAACAUGUGCUUUUACCCUUAUGUGGUUGAAAGCCCUUAAAUACGCACAAAAGGCUUUGGCUUAUGUUACAUUAUGCGUUAGUAUUAACUGUUAUAAUUAAGCUGUGGAAUAAUUCAAAUUCAAAUUAUUUUAUUCAAAGUAGGAUGUGACAUCACUUAUUGAAAGUCAAAAACUACCACCCAUUCCAAAAAUAAUGCCUCAGACCUGAGAAGAAUGGGCGCAACAAACUCAGCAGGCUUUGUUUUCAUCAAAAUAUAUGUUUACAAAGUAAUAUUGUACAAUUAAACUUAUUAUUUAAUAGCCUGAGGGCGGUCACUCCAUUCCCAAUCUGUGGUAUCAUUAAGAAAGUCAUUUAUGUUAUAUUAACCUUUACCACACAAACGUUUUUUAACAAUUGUUUUGAACAUCGUGAUACUUUUGUUUUGAACUUUUUCUGGCAUCUUGUUGUAAAAGCAUAUACAUCGCCCCACAAAAGACUUACUAAUUCGACUUAGCCGAGUAGUAGGCAUAACAAGUUUAUGUUUGUUCCUCGUGUUAACAUUAUGAUUGUCACAGUUUGUAACAAAUUUCUCAAUGUACGUAUGAACAUAAAGGACAUUAUCAAGAAUAUAUUGAGAAACAAGAGUCAAAAUGUUUAUUUCAUUAAUUUUCUUCUUAAUGAUUCUAUAUUUCGAUAUAGAUUCGAAUAAUGUUUUGGUGUCUGUCUUCCAAAAAAAUAUAACUCUUUAAGGGCAGAGUUAAUAGGCACGUGCUGACUGUGCAUGCAACAAUCUCAUUCACAUUUUUCGUCGAUGUAAAUUGGCAAAAAGCGCAGUCAGUUUCACAUUAAAAAAUAAGACAUAAAUGUCGUUUACCGGAUACAGAUUAGCCUUAGAUUAAGGAGUGGUCUCCGCUGCCUUCCAACUAGAUACCGCAGGCGUUGUCGCAAAGUCCCGAACCUAUAACACGCCCAUGUGGGCGUACUCGAGCCAGUCUCGAUCAAUGUGUGACUUUGACGUGCCACGUCAUGUUCUGAUUGUAAACUUUGCUAAUAAAUGAAACUAAAGUGCCGGGUUGCGUAGUUAAACUUUGUAAAAAUAAUACUACAAGAAAUAAGAAAGACAUUGGGAUCACAUUUUAUAAGUAUUUUUUAUUUCAUGCCAUUGUGUGUCAAGAUGCUAUUAAAAAGAAAAAAGAUUUUGUUCUUAGAUAGUGCGGUAUCCAGUUGGAGCGCAGCGGAGACCAAUCAUUAAUCUAAGAAAUUAAUUAAUUGCCUUGAAAAUUAUUGAAAAUAUAUUUUGCAUUCGUGAAUUGCCUAAGUAGUAUGGUAUAAAAAAUUAUUAGAUAAAAUUAAAUUUAUUAAGUAGGUUUGAAUCAUUUAGUUAUUAUGCUAGUGUGUUCAUAUAUUGUAAUAAUUAUUUUAUUUUGUACCAUUUAGAAAAACAACUUUAAGCAUACUGAACACUAUAUUUUGUGAAUUUUAAAUGAUACUCAGUUGUGACGCUCGGCUAUGUAACGCUCGUUCGAGUAAAAUCGAAUGCAAUCAGUCAAAGCUAAACCAGAGAUUCCUCUGUAUUUUUUUUACUCUUUAUUUAUCUGUAUACACGUGACGCUACAGUGGCAACCUGAAAUAUACACACGGGUAUAACUAAUUAAACGUAACCAUAAAAAAAUUAAAUUUAUUUUAACAGGUAUUUGAAAUAUUCAAACAAUCAAAUUAGGUACAUAUUUAAAAAAAGAAACAAAAUUUAGACCAUCCUUACACGGGCCCUACUCAUCUACGAGUUAAAUGCACAAUACAGUAAUAGAACAAACAGUACAUUAACUUUAUAACUUCAACGCGUCCACACAUAGACAUGAAUUACCCGGCCUCUAAGCAAUCUUGGGAAGACAAAGCUAUUGAGUGCCACGCCGUACGCCGCCGAGACUGGUCGCUCUCCGAGUUACAUUGAUGAUAUAUUAUUAUUAUUAAGACACUAAACAGUAAGAAAUAAAAUAAAAACUACGUUUCGAAAAACCGAUUUCAAAAACUGAAUGUGCCACAUAUUGAUAGCAUUGAAGUCGGUGCCAAGACAAAGGUAAAGUAGGUACCUACACUCGCCACGCGAGACUUUGAGCGGGAUAGCUUCGUCUAGAACAAAACAACCCAAGCGGACAGACACGCGUGGCCAGACAACCUCGAUAAUUAUAGUAAGUAAGUUGUUUAUAAUAAUAUUAAGUUCAUUUUGCUUAGGGCUUGGCACCGUCUUAAAAUCUAUUAAUAGGUAGCACAUAUAAAUAAUAGUAUGUUAUUAAUAUUAAAGGUAAAGGUUUGCAUAAGAGGUGUAUUUUUUAUUUUUCAGUUUUUGAAGUCGGUUUUUUUUGUAUGUACCAACCCUAGCUAGCGCUCCGCCCAGACGUUGGUAUAAAUUUCAUGGAGUCCGCUAAGUUACACUACUUUUCCAUUACUUGCUUUAAUAAUAAUAAUAAUUUAUUUCUCUUAAUAACAUAAGCUUACAGCAACUAGACGCCGGAUUCACCUUUUAAAUAAUACCUAUGGCAAUGGCGUUAUUUUUAACACAAGUUGUAUUGACCUGCUAGUGAUAUAAAAAUAAAGUUAUGAAAUUAUAAAAAAAAUUACAAUUUAAUUAUUUGGAAAGUUAUUUUUCAACACCUUAGCAGCGACAGAUUUACAAAUAUGUGUCAAUGCCUACGUUAUCGCAUGGCUACUAGAUUACCUACAAGUUUUUCCAAGAUGUAGGUAUUGUGGAAAAUUGAUUUAAUUAUAUUUUUUUAAUUAAGUUUAAGUUGUUCUACCCGUGCGUUAAUUCAAUGUUGACAAUAGUUAGUUAGUUAGGUGUGAAUUUACUUACGUGGGAAUAGGGAAAGUACAUUGUUGUAUAAACAUUUGAGUUACAUCAAUAGACAGUCGUUUGUAUAUAAACGUUUAUUUUCAUUCGCUGUUUUGAAGUCUGCCUGGACAUAACGUCACUAAAAUGGCGACCAUUUUUUUUUUUUUUUUAAUUAAUUAGUUUUAUUUAUUUACAGCAUUGGUAAGACCAUCAGCUCAUACCAAAAUAAAAAAAGAAUAUUAUGAUAUUUAUUUAUGGGCAAAAAAAAUAUUCUCGAGAUGUCUAAUAAAUAGCGAACGCUUUCAGAUACCAUAAUAUUAAGAACAUAUAUCUUACAUAAAUCCUCAGGUGCCAGUAGUUGUUUACGAUUUGUUGUUUAUUUAUUACGUGACCAGUUACGUUAUGUUGUGCAUUAUCUGACCAAUGAGUAUUCAGUACUCCACGCUCGCUGAUUGGUGGACUGCAUUGUUUGCAUCUCAGACGCGGAGAAUAUACUAGAAUGUUCUGCUUUACCAUUGCGCUAAAAUAAAUUACGUCUACCCUCAGAUAUGAAUUGUUAUACUUCGAAUAUUCUAAUGAAUGAAUAAAUAAAUUAUUGUUGUUUGGUUAAGUCGAGGUGAAUAAAUUUAAGUGUAGUAAGCUUUGAAAAUUUUUGUGAAAAUAAAACUGCUAUAGUUGAUUUUUGUGUUUUUAAUAAAUUGGAGAUUUUUAUAU